UUGUAGAUGCCAUGCGCCCAAUGACUUGAGGCUGUUCCGAGGGAAAAAGAGUGUGCAACUCAAUAUUUGGAAGGUGUUCUUCGUGUUUCGUACACUCGGUGUACACAUACUGUCAUUGGUCUAUGACCCAAUGUUUGUUUGUCAAUAUCAUGGCUGCAUACAUGAUUUACAAACUCACAUCUAAACCACCUAAAACGAACGAUACAAAUAUAGAAAUGUAACGUAACUUAUCGGUAUUGCAACAUUGUAACUAGCCAACUAGCUACAUAUUAUGUCAGGAGAUAUUUUGCUACAUGUGUGUCGCGUGCUCAAGUAGCCAAGCGUCGUCAACGGUUACAAUCGGUCAUUGACAUUGGAGAGAAAGCCAGCUAGCCAGUCAUAGGCAAAUGUGUUGCAUAUUAUUUUCGCAAAUAUCUACAAACUACAAGGCUAGGACCAAGUAGAGGUUGUCAAAAAGGAAGCUUCAAGGUCCCGAUAACAGUAAGAAAGUCACACAUUUUUGUUAGCCAACGUUAAUGUAAGUUAACCAGUGUUCGCUGCAGCCAGCCAGCCAGCCAAAUGAGGCAGUUUGCAAAUAAUGUUAGGUGUAAUUAUGGCCGUUGGACAAUAUGCCUUAUAUUAGUGGUCAUUGGCCAAAGGCUGUUCCUUCAUAUUUCUUUUGAUCUAGCUAAAUAUGUUGUAACUAAAUGCAUAUCAGGUAAGCAUAUAGCAAUUAGUGAUGUUAGGCAUAGCUAACUUUAUCAGGGGUCCACCCUAUCUAUGUUCCUUCAGCCUUAUGGUCCUAUGUUCCCUGGACCCAAUGUUCCCUCAACCUAUGUUCCCCCAGCCAUAGGGCCCAGGGAACAAAGUGCUGGGUGAACAUACACAUGGUCCCCUUUAUCAUAUCACAUGAUGUAAUCUGAAUUUCUCUCCUCCAGAACAAUCACCACCAUGCGUCGCAGAAGAUCAGCUUGUAGUGUCAACUCUGACAGCAGUGAGAUCGAUAUUGAUCUCUUAGGAGGGAGAUCGAAAGGCUCCAUGGUGAACGCGAGGAACUUCUCCGUAGCCUGCGUGUCUCAGAGAGUCCAUUUCGAUGCUCGGAUGAUGCAGACGCCACGCAAAAUCUGAGCAGCAUGCUGAUGUACCGCGACAGGGUGGUGGAGCAGCUCGACUCUGAACAAGGGAAAAUGGCUUAUCUGAGACAGGAGGUGUUUGUAUUGACGAUUGCUUUGUUACAAACAUCAUAGAUGUGAAUUGCCCAGAUAAUCAGGAAUUCGUGAUAGUUUAACCUCAUCCUACCCAUGCUAGAAACGGACUUUACCCCCAAACCUGCAGGUGUAGCAGAUGGGAAUCUGGGAAAGUCUUUCAUCAGCCUGAAGUGUCGCCCCUUGCCCUGUUUAAGAAUGCUUUUUUCAAUAGCGCAAUGGUUUUAGGAGGGUGGCCACGUGUUUGGGAGGUUGUGCGUUUGAGAGCUGAAUCAGAGGAGAAGCAGUACUCACUAAGCAAGAAGCGUGACAUCCUUUACAAUGGUGCUGUGACCCAAAUCUGCAGCUGCACUCAGCUCAACCGCUGGGAUUGCUGUGGAGUGAGUUUGGAGGGUGAAUGUAGCAGAUGAGGACCUGUGAAACUCAUUCCUCAGCCUGCAGUGUCGCCCAUAGCUCUGUGGAAUAAGGCGUUUUUUCAAAAGCGUGGAGUUCCUAAAUUUGAGUCUUGGUAUCAGCUGAAUCAGGUAGAAGCGCUAAGGAAACAGCAUGAAGUCUUUUACACAGGCCUAUAUAUUUUUCUCAUUUAUUUUAUUUUAGUCAGCUCCAAUUGACAAUGUUUUAUAGUGAUAUUCCUGAGGUAACCAGAUUUAUUCGCUUAUCUGCUUUUAUCGGCUUCUUCCGUGGUAGAUUUUGACUUGGGAGAGUAAGCUGGCUGGCCAGAGGAGAGGGAGUACCACAUGCCACAGUCAGAAGUCGGAGGCAAACCAGACACAGAAGAACAGCCUCAUCCUGGAGAACAAACUGGACAGGGUUAGCAGUAGCCUGAGUGCCAGUCUGUUUCUGCACUCUUGUCAACUCCUUAUGGAAUUGUCAUGGUGUUGACAUGUCACCCAUGUCUUUGCACCAGGGUCGUGUUCGCUUCAACAAGCUUUUGGCCAAGAACGGGCAGCUGAGAGAGGAGCUGAAGAUCUUGCACGUGGAGAGGAAGCAGUUCCUCCACCUCUACUGCAGGAUGGAGAGGGAGCUGCAGGAGAUUCGCAAGGACAUCCGAGACAUGAUGGCUCAGUCCACUGCUGCUUUUGAGGCCAGAGUGGAGGCUCGGUGCAAACGGAUGCUGCUGAAGGAGAAAAAGGUGAAGGACCUGACCCAGUAUGGCACGGAGGUGAGCGAGCUGCAGCGGGUCAUCUCCCACGACCACCGCCUAAAGACCUUCAUGAGCAUCAAGGGCAACGAGUGCAGCAGCCAGGAGGAGGGCCAGGACCUGAGCCGCAGACAGGUUGAGGAGAGGCAGCGCAGGAGACUGGGACUGGACACUCAGGGAGGGACUUUUGGGACUCUCGAUUCCUUGCAGGAGACCUUCCACAAGAUCCACUGUGUCACAGGGGAGGAGGACCUGCACAAGCUGGUGGGGACCUUCAUUCAGAUUGAAGACAAGAACUUUGCUUUGCUAAACUUUGUUAACGAACAGAACAACAAAGCUGAGACAUUGAAGGACGAAAUCAACCAGAUCCGCUGUGAGAUGGAGGUGGUUUCCAGAGAGGAGCGCAGACAGCAUGAGGAGCGCAGGGUCGUGCUUCGGGGGGUCAGUGUGCAGCAGCAGGCCACAGAGCAGCAGAUGGGGGGCUACCAGCAACGCAUCACCUCAGUGGGCAAGAUCCUCAACCAGCUGAAGACAGGAAUAGACCGUGUGUGCCACAACAUAGACUGUGACCGGUCAGUGAUCGAAGACAAGUUAGGCUCCUCGACCGGGAUUCGGGACAGCACCAUUAUGACUUACCUGGGAUUGGUGGAGCGCAGGACCAACGAGCUGCUGACUUUGCAGUCUUUCCUCAGCUCUAAGGACCUUGAUAAAGAUUACAAUCCUAGAAUGGUUGCCAGGCACCUCCUAGGACAAAGUCCACCACUGCCUAGGCAAAACAAAACGGUUGAGCCUCCCACUUUUGGGGAUGACAAUGACCCAGAGGAGUCCCUGCUAACAGACCAGGUGAAGCCCCUCUCCAAGGACGAGCUGCUCCCGCUGAUAAUGAUGAGGAUGCAGAGGAAGGCAAGGAUCGUCCGACCAGAGGUCCGAAAAUCAGCCUCCAAACUCAGCGUUGUGGCCAGCAGAAUCCACCAUGGCUCCCUAGGACUCUGAACUCAUCAUCGCUUUAUGAAUAUUGAUUGGACACACACAAGGAAAUAGUUUAUUGACCUCAUCCCUGGUAGAUAGACAGACCUCAUCCAUGGUACCUUGACCUAGUCCCAUGUAAUCUGACCUCAUCCCUGGCAGUCUGACCUCAUCCCUGGUAGUCUGACCUCGUCCCUGGUAGCUGCAGACUGGGGGACCGCAGGAGGCCCACUCCUGUGAAAAGCAGCAUCACAGCCCUGCUUUCAUGAGCCAUUCAUAAUCUGUUACGUUUAUAAUGCCUCAUUAGUUACAAAAUUGAGUUUAAAAGAAUUUAAGUAUUCAUUAUUUGUUCAUCAAAUAUAAUAUCCGGUGGUGUAAGCUUUUAAAGAUGUAUAAUAAAUCAUUUAAAUCAGA